AUGUCAAAUGCCAUGUCCGCUUCAACUUUUGCACGAUCUCGGGCUGCGCUUCGUCGCAAGCCAAAGCCAGUUAAGAAAAUAUUGGAUAACGAGGAUCUAGAAGAGGUCAAGGAGGCUUUCCGUCUCUUUGAUACAACUUCUAGCGGUACCAUCGACAUGCGAGAGCUCAAAGCUGCUAUGCGGGCGCUUGGAUUUCAAGUAAAGAAAGCGGAAAUCCAUCAGAUGAUUAUUGAUAUUGGUAAGGACGAGUCGGAGACGAUCAAUUUGAAUGAAUUUAUUGAACUGAUGACGGGUAAAAUGAACUCACGAGAUCCACGUGAAGAAAUUAUGAAGAUAUUUCAGCUUUUUGACGAUGAUAACACAGGCAAGAUUUCGUUUCGAAACUUAAAGCGUGUGUGUACUGAACUAGGCGAAACAUUGACGGAUGAAGAAAUGCAUGAGAUGAUUGAUGAAGCAGAUCGCGAUGGAGACGGACUGAUUAACGAGGAAGAGUUUUUUCGCGUUAUGAAAAAGCGUAGUGGGAAUCCACUGGACGACCUCAGCGACGACGAUUGA